ACUUACGGAUGUUUGUAAAUAUACAUAUGUACCCACCAGAUCUCUCCAGAUUAGGAGGGUGAAAAGAGAGAUAGGAAAAUGGAGGGGGGAUAGCAAGAGAUUAACAAAGUUCCUGCUUGAUCACUGAAGGUAAUUGCUACUGCCACUGAUAUCGCUGACACCACCAGGAUAUUGCUGAGAGUUGCAUACAUUCGCUAGGGUUUUACUGAUCUUAUAAGCAGCCUCCGGAAAUGCAGCAAGAUGGUAUAAAUAGACUUUCUCCAGCCACCAUAGAAUUCAGGGUUUUAAAGCUAAUCCAGAAGGCUUUACAAACACCACCAUAAAAAUGCCACUGGGACGUUAUUGCGUUUUUGUUGGUUGUUGUUGGGUUUUUUUUUUUUUUUUAAGAGAUGGAUACAUCUGCAGGGAAGUCAAAGAUCUAGAGGAAACACCUCUUGGAAAGUCAGCCUGGUUAGAAGCAUUCAUUUAUUCGCUGUCUGGGGCGCAAGGGGUUAGAUAUCCAGAAUUUCUGGGGCUAACUACCAGAACUCUACCCAGGACAUGAGCUCGUCAGAUUUGGGGCUGGGCUAGCCCUCCCAGGGCACAGAUUUCGACCUUUAUAGAUCUAUCAGUUCAUUCAAAUGUUCUGAAAGCCAGGGUUCGAUCAUUUAGUCCUCGGGAUUGCGAACAGGGCCAGAGCUGCCCGGCCUCUUUGAGUAUUGGCCCACCGCCUAGUUCAAUAGAGAAGUCUUUUUAAUAAGGUAAACACGUCUCUCUGGAUUUCGAUUUCAGUGUGUAAACAGCCGCAAUGAACUGAGGGAAAAGGAAACGCGAACGUUCUGAGGGAUUAGAAGGCCGAGGGAGUUGGGGGAGACCCUUGAUGGCUUCGGGUGCCCCCAAAUCUUUACAAGUCGCCUAUUUGGUUAGUUAGUUAGUUAGCAAUUUCCUUCUGCUCUCGGUAGAAAAUGGCUGGAUUCGGGAUCGCUCUUUCGGGAAUUGGUCUGGGGAGAUGAGAGUGGGGAUUUCUGGUCGCUGUGGCCCAGGUGUUUGGGACCUCAGCAGUCGUCGGAAGGUCCCUGUGUCGGGGCAGUAGAGGUGCUUAGUCUUUUUUUUUUUUUUUUUUUUUUUAAUGGAAUGAAGCGGCUUGCGGCACGAAAGGGGGAUCAGAACCAUUUAGGACAGUGCCUGUGCCUGACUCUCCGGUCAAGCAGAGUGCAAAUCUGCCUUUCGUGCCUUUCCCUCUUUUACAAGGCUCGGCUGGACGAGUUGUCCGCAGGCCUCUUUUGGGGUCAAUAGGAGAGGAAGGGGUGACCCCCUCUGCUUCCCAAGUUUCACUAAGCAGAAGAGAGGCAGGAGGCCUUCUUUGAGCUUUGCCCCUCCCCUAGAGCGUGCGGUGGGACUCCAGCGCCCACGGGUGGGAGGUGAAGGAGAGGUAAGGGUAAGGACCCCCUGACCUCGGCCUCCCCCUGGCGGAGCCUAAAUAGACGAAUGGGUCCCUUUCUGCAGUUUCGGAGCCGUGUUUGGGAGGGAGGGGGAAAUGGAAAGAGAUAUGGAGGGGGGGGGGAGGAAUCUGUGGUUGUCACGGCCCCUCUCGGCUGAAGAUCUGUGGGCGUACCAGUUACUUAUGUGAGAGAGAGAGAGAGAGAGAGAGAGAGAGAGAGAGAGAGAGAGAGUGUAAGGGAGGCCUGGCCCAGGUUCCCCUCCAAGUGUAGGAGGCUGGAGGGCUCUCAAACCCCGGGGGCCCCGAGGCCAAGGAGGCCGAGGCCGACCCCCUCCCCGGCCGCCCUCGGCUGGCGUUCCGGGAAGAGAGGCGGGCGGGCAGGCUGGCUGUGCGUGCCCAUUAAUCUGCCGGGUGUGCGGGCUGGGGGUUGUUUGUAACUUUGCUGGCUCGGUCGCCGCGGGUCCCCGGGGAGCGGGCUCCACGGCUCGCUCCCAUUGGCCGCCGCGCCGUCAGCUGGUGCUAUUUGCUGCUGUCGCUUUUGGCGCUCGGCCAUCCAGAAACAAACCAGUUCGAUGACUACUAAUAGUUAUAGCCAGAUGUACUAAUACACAACAAAUCACGGUCCUGCAGAGGGGAGCGCAAAUGAGUUCCUAUUUUGUGAAUCCCACUUUCCCUGGGAGCCUGCCUAAUGGACAGGACUCCUUCCUCGGGCAAAUCCCCCUCUACCCAGCUGGCUAUGACGCUCUGAGGCAUUUCCCCGCUUCUUAUGGGGCAUCGAGCCUCCAGGACAAGACAUACACCUCACCUUGUUUCUACCAACAGUCCAACACGGUCAUUGCUUGCAAUCGAGCGUCCUAUGAGUACGGCACCUCUUGUUUCUACUCAGACAAGGACCUGAGUAGCGCCUCUCCCUCGGGCAGUGGCAAACAGAGGGGCCACGGGGAGUAUCUGCACUUUUCUCCUGAGCAACAAUACAAAUCCGAAAGCAGCGUGCAGGGCAAAAUCUUAAAUGACGAAGGCAGCGACCGGAAGUACACGAGUCCUGUUUAUCCCUGGAUGCAGCGGAUGAAUUCCUGUGCUGGUACCGUGUACGGCACCCACGGCCGAAGGGGAAGGCAAACUUACACCAGAUAUCAAACCCUCGAAUUGGAAAAGGAGUUCCAUUUUAACCGCUACCUGACGCGAAGGCGCCGGAUUGAGAUCGCCAACGCGCUCUGUCUCACAGAACGACAGAUCAAAAUAUGGUUCCAAAACAGGAGAAUGAAAUGGAAAAAAGAGAACAAACUCAUAAAUUCCACACAGCCCAGCAGCGAAGAAACAGAGGAAAAGGCAGGGGGAGUAGAAUAACGAAUGCAGCAGGAAAGUUCCCAGGCCUUCCCCUUUCUUAGCGGCUUUCCCCCCUUGUGUUCUCCUUCUGCCGACACUAUUGCUGCCCUAAGUAAUCACAGUCUGUUAUUUCUAAAGCUGGAGGAGAGGCUAUAUAUUUGCAAUCAACUGUGUGUUUCUUAAGAGAAAAAAAAAUAGGAGUCAUUUAGAAGUCUGUUGUGUACAUAGCUCCCCUUUCCCUUCUCCUGUAAAGUCAGUAAACCAGGGACCCCACCCCCAGAAGGGACCCUGUUUUCUGUUGGGCAUCUCGGAUUGUCCGAGUGUCUGUUCUAGUAGCUGCGAUUCGGUUACAGAAGCGAAUAGGUGCAUGGUUUAGCAUCUGAACUGUGAGCUAAUUUGGAGGGGGAAAAGCACCAAGCCGGCGUUUCAACCCUUUGAGAAUCUAUUUACGGUCGGGGUCGUCUCCUCCCUACGGUGUUUGGGAGCUGGCUGUCCAGCGGGAUCUACAAAAAGUUUUACGGUAGUAAGCAACAAUGCAACAAGACAUAAACCAAUAAAUCUGCUGAACAAAGAAGGGAAAAGACAGUUGGGGUCCCCCCGCACCCCCUCCCCCCAAAAAGACCUCUAAGAGUCAUUUCGCCUCGGGCAGAAAUGGGCAAUGGAAGAACUUUCAGGAAACAAAGAGUCGACUAGAAGGAGCUAUAAAACUCAUGUUCCCAAAUGAAGACGGUUAAGUCUAACUGCGAAAAAAAGCAACCUUCCAGGCAAGGCAAGAAAAUCGGGGCACUGAACUUUGCAGGCUCGGGAGAAGCCCGAUCUUUCCGAGGGUACAGUACCACGGGAGUCCCGGCUGCAAUUCCAGAAGAUCGGGUUGUUGUUGGUUCUCCCCCCUCUCUUUAAUGUCAGUAAGAAGGGGGCAUUUUUUUUUUUUAAUUAGGUGGUACAUUGGCCUGAGCUUUCCGCAUUUCCAAGUGGCUCGUGGGCUUGGUCCAGACUGUCUCUUAUCUCUCUGCUACCUUUGUCAUUUACUUUCGAAAUUCUAAGCCCAGGAAAAUAAAGGCGACAGCCCGAGCUGCCCUGAAAUGCUUCUAUUCUGGCUCUCCUUGAAUUUUUUCUCAUCAGAGCAGGACUCCCAAAGCAGGUCUAUCGAGCUAUCUCUGCAUCGCCCCAGCACAGCCUCUGCAUUUUCGGGGAACCAAGCCUGGGCACAGAGAUACGCAGCAAGAAAUCCCCUUGCUUUCGGGCAUCUGGAAUACGAAGAUUUUCCCCGAGCUCUGUCUUUAAAGCGAUUGGAAUAGCUAUCUAUGAAAAUCAUAUUUAUUUGUGGAAAAAAAAAAUUCGGCGGGGACAUAAAAUUGUACGGAAUUUGACCUCGCCUUGGAAAACUACAACACAAAAGCUAUCUUUGCUAGAUGUUUGUCAUUUAAAAUCGGCAGGGUAGUGUCCCUUAUGCGCCUGCAGAAAACAGGGCUGUGAUUGCAGCUGCUGAAGGGGGGGAGGAGAGAUUUAUUUCUCCAAUUGGUUCAGUGUACAUCACCCUAAAGAAAUAAGGGGAUUGGGGUGUUUUACAGAAUUCUGACCUGACAGCGGGACCCAAAGAAAAAGAAAAAAAAAAGCCCGGACUCAAAAAACAAAAAAGGCAACCCACACCAA